GAUUGGUGGACCUCCCGCGGCGACGCCUAGCGAUUGGUCCCCAUGGAUGAUGGUGACCGGCGAGACUCCGCCCUCGGUCGGCUCUGGGGUCUGGGGGCACUGCUCGGCGGUGCUGGGCUGGCGAGGCUGGAGUCGCCGCCGCACUGACAGCUCCGUCUCUGGACGAUGGAGCCUGGCCCCGGUCCACACCCGCUGCGCCUGUUCGUCUGCCUGAUGCCACUCUGCCUCGCUCUGCUUCUGGGACCCGGGCGGCCCGGGACCGCCGAGGAAGUGGUCCUCCUGGACUCCAAAGCCUCCCAGGCUGAGCUGGGUUGGACUACACUGCCAAGUAACGGGUGGGAGGAGAUUAGCGGCGUGGACGAACACGACCGUCCCAUCCGCACGUACCAAGUGUGCAACGUGCUGGAGCCCAACCAGGACAACUGGCUGCAGACGGGCUGGAUCGGCCGCGGCCGUGGGCAGCGCAUCUUCGUGGAGCUGCAGUUCACGCUCCGCGACUGCAGCAGCAUCCCUGGCGCCGCGGGGACCUGCAAAGAGACCUUCAACGCUUACUACCUAGAAACGGAGGCCGACCUGGGCCGGGGGCGUCCCCGCCUGGGAGGCAACCGGCCCCGCAAGAUUGACACCAUCGCGGCUGACGAGAGCUUCACGCAGGGCGACCUCGGGGAGCGCAAGAUGAAGCUGAACACGGAGGUGCGUGAGAUCGGUCCCCUCAGCCGGCCAGGCUUCCACCUGGCCUUCCAGGACGUGGGCGCAUGCGUGGCGCUGGUCUCCGUGCGCGUCUACUACAAGCAGUGCGGGGCGACGGUGCGGGGCCUGGCCGCCUUCCCCGCCACCGCAGCGGAGAGCGCCUUCUCCACGCUGGUGGAAGUGGCCGGAACGUGCGUGGCCCACUCGGAGGGGGAACCCGGCAGCCCUCCCCGCAUGCACUGCGGCGCGGAUGGCGAGUGGCUGGUGCCCGUGGGGCGCUGCCGUUGUAGUGCUGGAUUCCAGGAACGUGGUGACCUCUGCGAAGCCUGUCCCCCAGGGUUUUACAAGGUGUCCCCAAGGCGGCCCCUCUGCUCACCGUGCCCGGAGCACAGCUUGGCCCUGGAGAAUGCUUCUACAUUCUGCGUAUGCCAGGACACCUAUGCUCGCUCGCCCACCGACCCGCCCUCAGCUUCCUGCACCCGGCCGCCCUCGGCGCCGCGGGACCUGCAGUAUAGCCUGAGCCGCUCCCCACUGGCGCUGCGGCUGCGCUGGCUGCCGCCUGCGGACUCCGGUGGCCGCUCCGACGUCACCUAUUCGCUGCUGUGCCUGCGCUGCGGCCGCGACAGCCCGGCGGGCGCGUGCCAACCCUGCGGGCCACGCGUGGCCUUCGUCCCGCGCCAGGCCGGGCUGCGGGAACGCGCCGCCACGCUGCUGCACCUGCGGCCGGGCGCGCGCUACACCGUGCGCGUGGCCGCGCUCAACGGCGUCUCGGGCCCGGCGGCCGCCGCGGGGGCCACCUACGCUCAGGUCACCGUGUCCACCGGACCCGGGGCACCCUGGGAGGAGGAUGAAAUCCGCAGAGACCGCGUGGAGCCCCAGAGCGUGUCCCUGUCAUGGCGGGAGCCUGUUCCUGCUGGAGCUCCCGGAACCAAUGGCACCGAGUAUGAGAUCCGCUACUACGAGAAGGGUCAGAGUGAGCAGACUUACUCCACAGUGAAGACAGGGGCCCCGGCCGUCACUGUCACCAACCUGAAGCCUGCUACCAGAUACGUUUUUCAGAUCCGGGCAGCCUCCCCGGGGCCUUCAUGGGAGGCCCAGAGCUUCAGCCCCAGCAUUGAAGUGCAGACCCCUGGCGAAGCUGCUUCUGGGUCCAGGGAUCAGAGCCCUGCAGUGGUUGUCACCGUAGUUACCAUCUCAGCCCUCCUGGUCCUGGGCUCUGUGAUGAGUGUGCUGGCCAUCUGGAGGAGGCCCUGCGAUGGCAAAGGAGGUGGGGACGCCCACGACGAGGAGGAACUCUAUUUCCACUUCAAAGUCCCGACACGCCGCACGUUUCUGGACCCCCAAAGCUGCGGGGACCCUCUGCAGGCGGUGCAUCUAUUCGCCAAGGAGCUAGACGCCAAAAGCGUCACCCUGGAGAAGAGCUUGGGAGCAGGGCGAUUCGGGGACCUGUGCUGUGGCUGCCUGCAGCUGCCUGGUCGCCAGGGGCUGCCCGUGGCCGUACACACUCUGAGGGAUGGUUGCUCGGACUCACAGAGGCUCAGCUUCCUGGCUGAGGCCCUCACUCUGGGGCAGUUUGACCACAGCCACAUUGUGCGCCUGGAAGGCGUUGUCACCCGAGGAAACCCCUUGAUGAUUGUGACUGAGUACAUGAACCUUGGAGCCCUUGAUGACUUCCUCAGGCAUCAUGAGGGGGAGCUGAUGGUUGCCCAGCUGAUGGCUCUGCUGCCGGGGCUGGCCUCGGCCAUGAAGUACCUGUCGGAGAUGGGCUAUGUUCACCGAGGCCUGGCAGCCCGCCGGGUACUGGUCAGCAGUGGCCUCGUCUGUAAGAUCUCUGGCUUUGGGCGGGGUCCCCGGGACCGUGCAGAGGCGGUCUACACCACCAUGAGUGGCAGGAGCCCAGCACUCUGGGCAGCUCCAGAGACACUUCAGUUUGGCCACUUCAGUUCUGCCAGUGACGUAUGGAGCUUUGGCAUUGUCAUGUGGGAGGUGAUGGCCUUUGGGGAACGACCCUACUGGGACAUGUCUGGACAAGAUGUGAUCAAGGCUGUGGAGGAUGGCUUCCGGCUGCCACCCCCCAGGAACUGUCCCUCCCCACUGCACCGACUCAUGCUUGACUGCUGGCAGAAGGACCCCGGUGAGCGGCCCAGGUUCUCUCAGAUCCACAGCAUUCUGAGCAAGAUGGGGCAGGAGCCGGAACUCCCCAAGUGUGCUGCGACCACAUGUCUCAGGCCCCCCACACCCCUGGCGGACCGUACCUUCUCUGCCUUCCCCUCUUUUGGUUCUGUGGGCGCCUGGCUAGAGGCCCUUGACCUGUGCCGCUACAAGGACAACUUCUCUGCAGCAGGCUAUGGGAGCCUGGAGGCUGUGGCUGAGAUGACCGCCCAGGACCUGGGGAACCUGGGCAUCUCUUCCACUGAGCAUCGAGAAGCCCUCCUGAGUGGGAUCAGCGCCCUGCAGACUCGAGGGCUGCAGCUACAGGGUCAGGAGGUGCAGGUGUGAGCAGCUCAACCCAGCCCAAGGACUUGCAAGCUACACUCCUCUUGGGUGGGAGGAGUGUUCUCGUACCCUUAGAGGGCCCUGAGCUGGUUGGUACCGCGUUGUCCCCUCCAUUUCAUAUUUCUUCUCAAUACCUUGUUGACCUAGUGGUCCUAAAAGGAGGUUCAGAUCCCUGGAGAGGACCCCAGAGAUAACUGUAGGAAGACAGUUAGGGUGUCAAGGGCAAAGUUGGUUGGGAAAAGACAGCUUCAGUUCUGCUCAGGCCCUUCGGUCUUCCACACUCACUGGGGUUGGGCCUAAUUGGCAGGCAUCUCAUUUCCUCAGAGAGCUUUUGGCCUGCCAGGCAGUAAAGGUCCCCGAGAGAGACCCAUUGUUUAUGAGAGGGACCACAGCUGCCUGAGCGCUUGAGUAUGGGAACCUGGGCCACUGGGUAGUGUCCCUUACUUCCUGCACCUUGGCUAGAUCUCUCUGAACCCUGGUGCCGAGGCCCUAGCAGGCAAAUGGUGCUGACCUCAGGGACUGAAUCCUGCCCCCCCUCCCAGGCGGAGACUCCAGAGCUGGGGGCUUCCUGCCUUGGGUUGGCAGUUCAGGAUGAGGGCCAGCCUCCUAGUAGGUCACACUUAAGUCCUGGUGCUCCCCUGGGCCCCGCUGUCUCAUUGGUUUUGGAACUGAUGGGGAGGGCUUGCUCUGCAUUCUGGAAGGUGGAGAGGAGGGGAAAGAGACUGAGGAAGGAGUGAGUUUGACAGGCUGGUCUGAACCCUGGCCUCCAGUCUCAGAGCUUGAGCCAGGGAGAAGGCUGGCUCUGGAGAGAGCUUGCCCUUCCACGGCACCAGCUCUCUUCCUUGGACAGCCCAGUGAACCCUCUCUGGGUGAGCCCCUUGUGGUCUUUCUUGGUACACUGGCUCACCGUGCUCCCUCCCUAGAGGGCCUCCCUGGGCGUUGCACACCGCUCUUGAAGGAGUGCUGUGCUGAGCUGACCUGUCUGCAAGGGCCCUGGCAGCUGUGAGGUCUUGAGACCAAGGCCUACCUGGGAGGGUGGUGCGUGCUGGAUCUGGACAGUUUGUCUACGCCACCCUUGAUGGCUGCCUGCUCUGUUUUUGCUGUGGUAGUGAGGAGGGGUGACGUGGGCUGAGACAGAGCAGGUGGGAGUGGAGAGAGAAAGGCAGACUACAGAGUGCAUCUUUGGAGGGCUCAGACAAGGAAGGGCUUCCCCCUCCUGGGGGGAGGGGACCGGGAGAAGGGGCAGGUGGACUAUCGCUAUGUGUGUGUUGAGGGGUGUCCAGAAAGGCUUCUUAGAUGAAGUCCAAAUUGAAUAAGGCCUUGAGGGGGAGGGUGUUCUCUCCAUAGGGUGAAUGGAGUCACCGGCAGGCUCAGAAUCCAAGCAAGGAUCUCUUAACAGAGAGCCUGGAGGAGGGGGGCUGGAAGCCAUGAUGCAUCUUUGGGGAGUACCCCGUAGGGGGGCGGUGACUCCCAGCAGUGCCUUUGGCCUUGACCUGCCAGCAGCAGCUCUUCCCUCCUCAGAGCCUACCCCAUUCCUGGCUCUCUGCUCCCUGGGCACCUGCCUCAGCUCAGUGACUGCGGGAAUACUGGGGUAGACGGGGAUGCUGCACCCACCUUUGACAGAACUGGGGAACUGAUACGACCCCCGCAGGCUCUUCCUUCAUCCUCCCUCCAGGGAAAACUGGCCCAACCUCCAAGGCUCAUGGGGACCAGUGCCCUGUCUUGGGUGACCAGAACCUCGUCCCCCAUCUCCAGCCACAUCAGUCAUUCUCAAGGUCAAACUCCUCCCCUCCCUGGCUGUUUGCAGAGGGGUCCCUGGCUGUGUUGGCUGGACUUCGGUGUCCAGGGUAGACCUCUCCUCUGAUGAGGAGUGAGGUCCUAGGAAUCCUGAGGGGGCCCAGGCCUCAGCCCUGCACAGGCACCAGCAUGAUACAGGGUUCUGGGUCCCUGGGGACCCUCCACAGAUCUAUUUUUAUAUAUGGGGCUUGCACACUGGACAGAGGGAGGUCACCUGCAACCCAUAUUGCCCUGUCACCCACCUAGGGAGGGAGGGGCUGGUUGUGGGUAGAGGCUCCUUGGAGGACCUACGGAGAUGUUUUUCUAUUUCUUGGGUUCAAUAUUACAGGACCAAGUAAUAAAGCCUUGU